AUGUCGUCAAGAGCAAGCGAGGAGAGUUAUCUCUCGCCAAAGCCGUGGCGAGCUGGAGAUCCCUGGGGUUCAGCAACGAAGCUCCCAGGCGCUUAUCCGCCAUCGCCCGAACUACAUGAAGUCGAUCACUCCGGACCUCAAUCACUAUCGGCUGCUGUCAAGGCUCGAAAGGACGAAUACAUCCGCAAGAAGUCUAUGAAAAUCAAAGUCGGCACUUGGAAUGUUGCUUCAAUCAGUGGAACCGAGAGAGAUCUGGGUGCUUGGUUUGUUGGGGGAAAAGGCGUCAAGGGCCUUUCGCAGAACUUAUCGGGCCUCUCAGUCGAGGACAGUGAUGACGAUUCUGACAGUGACAGAAUCGAGUCUGUCGAGGCUCAAGAGGCACGUGUGGCAAGAACAAGAAAGAGUGUCACCAUACCCUUGGAUGAUGCUCCAGCCGAGCCACAUCACGAGCAGAUCGACCUGUACGUGCUAGGACUACAGGAAGUCAUUGACGUGACUUCCAUGACCGAAGCCAUCAAACCUUACACAGACCCAAACCCUGCCAAGAAGUGGAAGAAGUCUUUGAGACGAGCUUUGCCAAAGGGAUACAAGAAAGUGGCCGAAGAACAACUGUUUGGUUUACUUCUCCUCAUUUUUGCAUCUCCUGAGUUGGCGCCCAGCAUUAGUUCAGUAAGUACGACGUCCGUCGGGACUGGUCUGAUGGGCUAUUUCGGCAAUAAAGGUGCCGUUGCUGCGAGGCUCGUGGUUGCGGAGGCGACCAAACUCUGCUUUAUCAACUGUCAUCUGGCUGCUGGUGCAGAUCAAGCAGCAUUGGCUCGCCGUAUCUGGGACACCAGUCAGAUUUUGAGCAAAACCCGAUUUUCUCCGGUCACGGACAGCGAGGUCAUUGAGCCUAGAGAAGAAAGGAUUGGGGAUGAGGACUUUGCAUUCUGGUUUGGCGACCUCAACUAUCGGCUGGACGAUGUCCCCGGUCAGGAUGUCAGAAGAUUGCUAUUGCUGCACACGCAGAACGAGUACGACGUCCAAAACAAAUCGAAGCGCAAAAUCGACAGUGAGCUGGGUUACGUGUCUGCCUCGACCAGCGAUCCGCAUUUACCGGCUCCGAACCCGAACUAUGAGUACAAAGAUGCAGAAAGACCGGCCUCGGAAAGCACCGCUGAACCAGAAUUAGACCCCAAGUCUGACCCUGCUUCACUCCAUACCACUCUUCAGUCUCUACUGGCCCACGAUCAACUGCGCGCGCAACAAAAGCUGGGCCACGCGUUUCACGAAGGGUGGCGGGAAGGAGAGAUCAACUUCUUGCCCACUUACAAAUAUGAUGUGGGUAGUGUUGGCAUGUUUGACUCGGGAGACAAGAAGAGGAGUCCUAGUUGGUGCGACAGGAUUCUGUAUAGAACUCGUCGCGACAAGGUCAUAUUUGAAGAGAGGGCCCGGCAACUCGAGGAAGCACGCAAGAAGGAUGCUUCAAUGAAAGCCCGCGGGAUCGACGAAGCCACCGCGGAGCACGACGUCCUGUUUGAUUAUGAUCCCGAUACAGAUGGACUUGCGUAUGGCGAUGACUACGACGAAUACGACGAGACGCAGGAUGUGCUUCAUGAUGCAGAACUCGUGCAGUCACACGAGGACUAUGGGGACAUGAUUGAAAUAAACAGCUACAUCUCACACCAGCGGAUACUCUCAUCCGACCACAAGCCACUGAACGCCGUUUUCACUAUACUGUACGACGCCGUCAUCCCCGAACUCAAGGCGAAAGUACAUCAGGAGGUGGCCAAACAGUUGGACAAGGCAGAGAAUGAGGGCCGUCCAUCGGUAACCGUGGUAGUGGACAAUCAUUCCGAAGAGCCGAUUCCGAACGCUGACGGUGCGGCAGACAUGAAUGUCGUACACUUCGGUGAAGUUCGAUAUGGUGUCAGGAAGACGAGAAUGGUCACUAUAGCGAACACAGGGCAAAUCACGGCCAAAUUUUCUUUCGUGGAACAUCCACUAGACUCGGGCAAAGAUGCACGUGCAGUACCGAGAUGGAUUGAACUCAGCGUCGAACCUGGCUCUCUUCAUCCUUCAGAGGGUGGCGAGCACAAAGGGACACGUGAAAUUGUCCUGUCUCCCGGCGAAACCACGGUUGUCGACCUGACUAUUGACAUUUCGGAUGGCGAGUUAGUACGGGAGUUGAAUGACGGGACCACAGACCUUGAAGACGUGCUCGUCCUGAGGGUCGAAGAUGGUCGAGAUCACUUCAUACCUGUCAAAGGCACAUGGCUUCAGUCUUCGUUCUUCCGUACGCUUGACGAGUUGGUGUUGGCACCCGAAGGCGGCGUGCGACAGUUCCCCCGGCCCCAGAAGGCGAAUGGGUCGGGACCAAACACGGAGACUACAAACUCGGCUGCUCAUCACUCGGCUCCCAAGGAACUGUAUACGCUGACUGAAAUCCUCCCCAUUUAUAUUGAGCGAUCAACAGCAGAAUGGGGAAUGUUGCAUGAAGGGGAAACGCCGCCGUGGCAACAUGAGAAUGGAGGUGCGUCUUGGCCUUUCAGUGCUGACACUUGGAGCUUGCCCAAAGGCGAAGAACGGACCGAACUGUUGGUCGGGGCAAGGGAAGCAUUGGACAACGCAAAUCGCUUGGACAUCAAUUUCACACCGGAUGUUCCGAGCAUCGUUCGACUGGAAGUACUCGCCGAAACCCUCAUAUCCUUCCUUCAGUCCUUGAGAGACGGCAUAGUCCCUGCGGGGCCGUGGGCCGAGGUCGAGGGGAGGUUGAACUCUUUAGAAAAGGGGAAGACGCAGCUGGCACCCCAAGAGAUCCAGGACUUGGUCAUGGACGCCUUGUCUUCUUCUGCGGUGCAUAGCGUGUCGCUUACAUUUAUCACGUUUUUGCUGAUCAGAAUUGUCAACGAGAUGAUGACAAACGGUGCUCCAGCUCCUGGUUCGGCCACACCGACUACACCGACCUCUUCGAGUCGGACCUCGUUUGGACGGUCGAGAGCGUCCACCGUCUCCAGCGACUCGGGUCACAGGCUUUCGACAUCGACACAAGAAACGACAUCCAGCAAGAGAAGUCUCUUCCCGGCACUGCGUCGACGCCGCACGAAUAGCAUCUCAUCUUCGUCUGCGACAUCAGAGACGGGUGCAGAGACGGCGGCAGCGGCUGCAGAGCGACGGAAGAAGCUGGUCAAUGCCUAUGUUGAAGUAUUUGCCCCUGUUGUCUUUAGGGCUGAAAAUGAAGGGCGGCUCAAGGGCAAAGACAAGAAGGCGUUGGACGCUCGCAAGAGACGAAUACUCGAGGCAUUUCUCAGCGAAAGGCAGUUCUGA